AUGCAAUAUCAAGUUUAUUCUCCCGCUUUUGAAGAAGUUGUGAAAAUAUUAAAGGAGUAAGGCCCUUUUUUUGGAGUUAUGGGAUUUUCAUAAGGAUCUUCUAUUGCUGUUAGGUUGGCAUCAAAAAUUGCAGCUGGAGAGGUGGACUUAGGUUAUGAUCUAUAAUGCUUUAUUUUUGUUUCAGCUUAAGUUAACCCCUUUGCUAACACAGACUCCAAAUCUUAUUUGUGUAGAGUUCCUUCUCUACAUUUGAUUGGAAUGAAUGAUUUUUUAGUAGAUAGAUCUUUAGGAUUAGUUGUGCAAUUUCUAAAUCCUUAUGUUAUCUAUCAUAAUCAAGGACAUAAAGUUCCAACUCUAACUUAUGAAUAAGUGAAAGAAUUAUAGAAAUUCUUUCAAAAUCCAGCUCAAGAUUGGACAAAAACUGUGUAUGUACCUCAAUUAGCCAAAUUAUGA